AUGUCGGACGCACUCUCCCUGCAAGCUCGUUCGCCCGUCACAAAUACUGACUAUGUCUAUGCUCGUCAACUAUUCCCCUGCGCGAAGGGCUUACCACUUUAUUGGCCGGAGCCGAAUGGGAACGCUACAAUCGCCGUAGGCGAUGUAGGGUUCUUUUACGACAGGAAAUUCGUCCGGUUAUUCAAUGCUCUCAGGAACGCAAAUGAUCCUGUCAAUGGACUCAUUCAGGAAAACUGCGAGUACAAACCUUUCGAUCGCGGCAACGACGUAAAGAAGGAGAAGAUGUGUGUAAAUCGACAUUUAUGUAGCAGGAGCGUGAAAGUGGAGGAAGAACUCAGUCGCGAUGGAGAGACAUGGGAACACCUCAAGUUCCGCUCCAUGGGUGAUGAGGGGGCAUUCAUCCUUCUUGCUGACCCCGCCACCGAAGAGUAUCUCGUUCCGAGCCCAAGAUUAUAUGAAUAUAUCCACAAGCAAAUCAAAAUCUGGAUGCCGUCUAUCAAAAAGGAAAAUUCUUGCCCAAUCGACGACGUCAUAUUCGUUUUGGGAGAUGUAAAGACCAGCGCAUGGGCUUUCAAUGUCUUCCUUCCUAAUAGCGAAGAAGCCACGAUAUCAAUCAACUCCGCUUGCGCUGAGACGGAACCCAGCUCGUGGGCCUUUACUCGUGUCAGACCAGUCGAUCCAAAGAAUGAAUGUGACCAGAGCAUCUUCAUGCACUAUUGCAGAAUGAAGAGAAGAGCGCCCCCGCCAUCUGACGCACCCAACAACGAGCAGAACUGGGAUAUAAAGGAACAUGAGGUAGUCAUUCUCUCGCCAUCCGACGCACCCGACGACGAGAAAAACUGGGAUAUGGAAAAAGAAGAGGUAGCCAUUGUCUCGGAUCUACCACCAGACUCGGAGGUACGUAAUUCGUGUUGGAACAACGGUGCGAACGGCGCGGGGGCGCGUUUGUCCACGGGCGUAGCGAUGCCCGUCAGGGACAAUCGCGUGCGGGGCCUCCGGCCCCCGGCUACUCGCGCGCCCGAGCUUGCGAGCUCGUUCCUGACCGCGCGGGACUUCGGCGUCAAGGUUGCGAUCGCAAGUGAUAUAGACAUCAUCUGCGUGUAUAAAGUUGGUAUCCAUCUUAUUAUGUGCUGA